UUGUUUAGGUGAACACUAUUCUAGUCUAGCCUUAUUAUUCAUUGCACGCCGUUAUCGCGUGUCACGUGAACAGCCCUAUAUAUAGAUCACUCAUGAUACAGCUGAUCAGUAGUGAAAACAGGAUCCUUACGUAUCAAUACGGAAUAGUGAAUAAAGUGUAAAAGUAAAGACGAGUGAAAGGGACAUUUUUUACAUCUACAAUGGCUAAUCCAGAGUACUCGGGCAAGCUUGACAAAAGCGUCCUCAAUCACUAUCUGUCACUAGAAUCACCUGAAGGACACGUGCAGUGUGAAUACAUAUGGGUCGACGGUACUGGACAGGGCAUCAGAAGUAAAUGUAAAACCAUGGACUUCGUUCCAAAGAAAGCCGAAGAGUGUCCUGUAUGGAACUAUGACGGGUCAAGUACCUACCAAGCCGAGGGCUCAAACUCUGACAUGUACCUUCAUCCAGUCGCUUUGUUCAGGGAUCCAUUUAGACGCGGUGAACACAAGCUGGUCUUGUGUGAAGUCUAUAAAUACAACAAGGAACCAGCAGAAACCAACAAACGACAUUCAUGUAAGAAGGUAAUGGACGAAGCUAAGAGCUCGAUCCCUUGGUUUGGUAUCGAACAGGAAUACACGUUGUUAUCCCCUGAUGGUCAUCCAUUUGGCUGGCCCAAAAACGGUUUCCCAGGACCACAAGGUCCCUACUACUGUGGUGUUGGUGCUAACAGAGUCUACGGUCGUGAUAUUGUAGAAGCUCACUACAGAGCAUGUUUGUAUGCCGGUGUGAAGAUUGCUGGGUGUAACGCUGAAGUAAUGCCAGCUCAGUGGGAGUUCCAGGUGGGACCCUGUGAAGGAAUUGAUAUGGGCGAUCAUUUGUGGAUUGGUAGAUACAUUCUCGAACGUGUGGCAGAAGACUUUGGUGUUGUUGUUACCAUGGACCCGAAACCGAUGCCAGGUGACUGGAAUGGUGCCGGCGCACAUUGUAAUUUCAGUACACUGAAGAUGAGACAGAAAGGUGGAAUAAAGGAAAUAGAAGAUGCGAUAGACAGAAUGAGUAACCAUCACACUAGACAUAUUCAGGCUUACGAUCCGAAGCAAGGCGAGGACAAUAAGAGACGUUUGACAGGUCUGCACGAGACCUCGAGCAUUGAGGACUUCUCAGCUGGCGUCGCUAACCGUGGAGCAAGUAUACGUAUUCCACGACAGGUUGCCGCCGAAGGUUGUGGCUAUUUGGAAGACCGACGCCCGUCAUCAAACUGUGAUCCAUAUGCAGUGACUGAAAUUAUUGUUUGCACAGCUGUUCUGAAUAAGUGAUUUGACUUAUGAUACUUCCUGGUAAUUCGCGCAUGCGCGGUAAUUAUGCACAUGCACGGUGAACUUGGGCAUGCGCAGCAGCAAUAUUUUAAUUUUUUUAUGGUUUUAUAUAGAGUUUGAACCUCAGCACUACUAUACGCCACACAGGGAAACUGAACAAAUAAAGCUAUAUUUAUUAUGAUAUAUAGUGGUAGCCAGCUGUAUAUAUGACGAAGGUAUAUUUUUACAUAAUGUGUGAGUAAACGUUAUACCAGAGGUUAAAAUGAAAGUUGCGGAAAAAAUACCAAGUUAAUUGUUAAAAAUCAAAUGGUUCUAUAGAGUAAUAGUAUCCUAGUUGAUCUCGAGUCUUCUCAGCAUGUUAUGCUUUCAUUUGUAACUAUAUUAUCGUAUCUAAACUACUUUAUGAGAAAUUUGAACUUUAAAAGGGAACACACCAGCAAAUGUUUCGUAAAAUGAAUACACUUAGAUAACUAGUUUUUCAGCAAGCUGACUUGUGAAGUUGAAAUUGAAUAUUUGCGGUGUUUUGUGUACAUUCUUACGUAUUUUUUUAAUAAAUAAUUUUGUUAAAAUAGUGUUUAUUGUACUCAUUAUUAUUCCAAUUCUGCUGAGAUAGCAUAUCUUGACAAAGUUCAAGUCAAAGUUCAAAAAGUUGUCUUGAUCAAGUUAGUGCAUAUAAUCUUUCUUAUCCAUUCAAGUUUCUGUGAAACGAAAUCACAAAACCUAUAUGUUAACGUUUGUGGUAGGGAACUUGCGAAAUUUAAAUCUCGUGACUGUAUAUUAGUAGAGAUCCACAGGUGAUGAUCUGUUACAUUCUGCCUUGUAUUCGGCUAUUUUGUCAUUGUUUUAAACAUUAUAAACUAUUUUUAUUGUAAAUAUUUAUAAAUCUUAUCAGUUUUACUAUAUUAAGAAUGCAGCUAACAUUUAGUUGCAUGCGAUAUUUAAUUGGAAUCAAACGGUUAUCAUAGUUUUAGUUUUCACUUUUUAAAUGCCCUAUAAUUGUGUUGGUGUGACAAAUAAAACCAAAACCAAUCUCAAAUGUUGGCGUACAGGUUGUUAUUCUGAUAGUGUUACUUUUAUCAUUGCAAACUAUGUUCUUGCACUUGUAGGUAUCUUAUUGUCCUUAUGGAAUGAUUUUUUAUUGUAUAAAUGAUGUGAAAAGAAUAUAUUUUUAAAAGUACAGGUGUAAGCACCGGUUUUAAAUGGAAUAAACUGUUAAAAACAUUGUACACAA